AUGAGAGGGUUAGACUACUCCUUGUUCGAUGUCGAUGAUGAAUUGGAGAUUGGUGAUGAUGAUGUAAUUCUCACCAAGGAUGGAGGGAAGGCGAGAAUUGAGAUCUCAGACAGACUGGAACAACAGCUGGUAGAUCAAUGGAAGGACAUAUGUAAAGAAAACAUGUACAGAGUGUUGAACAAUGACCCCUGGGUAAUCCUCAACACUUACCUGUAUGUUCAACCUUGGGACAGCUCCUUUAAUGCAGCCACUAGCCGAGUUAAGGCGACGAUUGUAUGGGCUAGACUUCUAGGCCUUCCAGUGCAUCAUUAUAAUCAGUCCUUCCUGAAGAAGAUUGGGAGAGCCCUGGGUAAAGUGAAACACAUAGACCAACAGACUGCUACGAAGACAUGGGGACGCUUUGCACGAAUGGCUGUCAAGAUUGAAUUAGAUGAACCGUUGGUGACAGAAGUUGAUAUGAGGGAGGGGGAUUCACCAUCGAUCCCAAUUGAAAUUGGUGAAAACCCAACAGACAAAGCAAAGGGGAAGCGCACUGCAACCACUCCGUCACCAUCUGUCCUUGGGACUAGAAAAUCAAGUUCACGGGGCAAAAUAAUGAAAAAUCAUGAGUGGAAGAUGCUUGACGUACCAGAACCAGAAGUCAACGUAGCCACCCAGAACAAAACAAGACCAAAUGGGCCAUCAGAUAAAACUAUUGCUAAAAACAAUGAAGUGUUGAUGGUGGACACGAUGAAUUCCAAUCUGAUCGACGAUGACAUUCCGCCGGACCUUGCGGGAGGUAUACUGACAUCUGUUGUUGAAUCAAUGGUGCUGGAGGGACAGGAACCGUCGGAGGAAGACUGCCUGAUGGAGGAUGAAGCUGCCGUUAAUGCGGUGGCUAUCUCUGAUAAUUAA